AUGGGUGCUCUCCGUGGCAGCUCACAUGGGUGCUCUCUGUGGCAGCUCACAUGGGUGCUCUCUGUGGCAGCUCACAUGGGUGCUCUCUGUGGCAGCUCACAUGGAUGCUCUCUGUGGCAGCUCACAUGGGUGCUCUCUGUGGCAGCUCACAUGGGUGCUCUCUGUGGCAGCUCACAUGGGUGCUCUCUGUGGCAGCCUCACAUGGGUGCUCUCUGUGGCAGCUCACAUGGGUGCUCUCUGUGGCAGCUCACAUGGGUGCUCUCCGUGGCAGCUCACAUGGGUGCUCUCCGUGGCAGCUCACAUGGGUGCUCUCCGUGGCAGCUCACAUGGGUGCUCUCUGUUGUGUGCAGGGUCCUGUACAUCGGUCUGGCCUGUAACACGGCUCGGUAUUUGUACAUCUCCUACAUCACCAACGCCUGGGCUGUGCUGCCCAUGGAGAUCCUGCAAGGAGUGACCCACGCCUCAGUCUGGGCCGCCUGUAUCUCCUUCCUGAGUGCCGCGGUCCCCCCCGCCCUCCGCACCUCUGCGCAGGGUAUCCUCCAGGGGCUGCACCUGGGCCUGGGCCGCGGCUGUGGGGCCAUGAUCGGGGGAGUCUUUGUCGGAUACUUCGGAGCGGCUAACACAUUCCGGGGCAUCGGCAUGGCCUCCCUCGUCAUCCUCCUCCUGUUCGCCUUCAUCCAGUCUGUGACCAGCAAGAGCCAAGACAAAGGGAGCUCAGUGCUGCCCCUCAGGCCAGGGGACACAGUGCACAUGGAGCUGCCCUCGGAGCAGGCCGCAGGACUGUACGCGGGACAGUACGUCCACUCCACCUUCUCUGGACACCUGCUCUACUCCAUCGCAGCUGCUAAUGCUAAUGCUAAUGCUAACGCUACUUCCAUCCUCUCCGCUGUCCAUCCUCUCAACACAACCUCACACCGGAUCGCAGGAUGGCGUCGCGUGCCGGGCCCAGAGCCUCAGGGACAGACGGCAGUGACUUUGAGCACAGAGAGCGUGUGGCCCGUCACUAUCAGAUGA